AUGAAGGCCCAGCGAAGACGGUGCGACGUCGUCAUCGUCCUCACCAGCAAGACGACCCAAGGCAACAUCGGCUAUUUCCUCGUCUGCUUGCUCCCUCAGAGCAUGUGUGGCAAUUACGCGCGGGAGACAAGGUUGGCCAACAUAUACCUCAUCGGGGAUAUCAGCCGCCUGACACCCGACAUCUCAACAAUGUACGGCUGGGCCAUGCGACCGGCUUUGGCCAUCAUGCUCAACUCCACCCGAGUCCACCGCGUUGCCCUAUCCUGGAAAUGCCAACGAGGCCUCAUGGACCUUGCCAAACACGUCUUCUAUAAGGAUCGAAAAAACACGCCGCUCUGCCCAAAAAACCGGACGCUCUUCACCAUAAUGAAUCCAUGGAGCCCGCGAGACCAGUCUCUGGCGACGUUCAGCAUCCUGGAUAGCCGCGCAGAACGACUCGCCCAGGGAAACGCUCAAAAUCGAGACGAGGCGCGACUCAGGACGCAAAUCUUCCAAAACCCUGCUCCGAAAUUUCCAGGCCGAGCAGCUAUGGAUCAUAACCAGCCACGUUGCUCAUCAGUGGAAAAGGCCGAGGGAAGACAGUGCGACGUCGUCAUCGUCCUCACCAGCAAGACGACCCGAGGCAACGUCGGCCCUUACUCGUCUGCUUGCUCCCUCAGAGCAUGUAAUAAAAACGUGAAGAGCCGCUUUUGCUCUGAUGGUGGGAAAUAUUGGAAAAAUUUAAAUGGAAUUACGACAUUCCAUUGCACCUGGCCAUAUCAGGAUAUCUUCGAAAAAAUAUUCAUGGAGCUCCGAAGAUUCAUGGGU